GCGGAUCAUGAACAAGAUGAAGAACUUUAAACGCCGCUUCUCCCUGUCUGUGCCCCGCACCGAGACCAUCGAGGAGUCCUUGACGGAGUUCACAGAGCACUACAGCCAGCUCCACAGCUGGCACAAUGAGGACUUGCAGCUUGGUCCUCUUGGCAGAGACCCCCAGCCCGAGUCCAGCACCUCCUCCCCCACAGGCAGUGGGGAGGAGCCCAGGCCACCGUCCCCUGGCAUGCAGCACCGGCGGCAGAACCAGCGCCGCUUCUCCGUGGAGGACAUCAGUAAGAGGCUCUCUCUGCCCAUGGACAUCCGCCUGCCCCAGGAAUUCCUGCAGAAACUGCAGCUGGAGAGCCCAGACCUGCCCAAACCGCUCAGCCGCAUGUCCCGCCGAGCAUCCUUGUCAGAUAUCGGCUUUGGGAAACUGGAAACAUAUGUGAAACUGGACAAACUGGGGGAGGGCACCUAUGCCACAGUCUUCAAAGGGCGCAGCAAACUGACGGAAAACCUCGUGGCCUUGAAGGAGAUCCGGCUGGAGCAUGAGGAGGGGGCCCCCUGCACUGCCAUCCGAGAGGUGUCUCUACUGAAGAACCUGAAGCACGCCAAUAUUGUCACCCUGCAUGACCUCAUUCAUACGGAGCGGUCUCUCACCCUAGUGUUUGAAUACCUGGACAGUGACCUGAAGCAGUAUCUGGACCACUGUGGAAACCUCAUGAGCAUGCACAAUGUCAAGAUCUUCAUGUUCCAGCUGCUCCGGGGCCUCGCCUACUGCCACCGCCGCAAGAUUCUGCACCGGGACCUGAAGCCCCAGAACCUGCUCAUCAAUGAGAGGGGGGAGCUGAAGCUGGCUGACUUUGGAUUGGCCCGGGCCAAGUCAGUGCCCACGAAGACCUACUCCAAUGAGGUGGUGACCCUGUGGUACAGGCCCCCCGAUGUGCUGCUGGGGUCCACAGAGUACUCCACCCCCAUUGAUAUGUGGGGCGUGGGCUGCAUUCACUACGAGAUGGCCACAGGGAGGCCCCUCUUCCCCGGCUCCACGGUCAAGGAGGAGCUGCACCUCAUCUUUCGACUCCUCGGGACCCCUACAGAAGAGACGUGGCCCGGAGUGAUGGCCCUGUCUGAGUUCCGCGCCUACAACUUCCCCCGGUACCUCCCCCAGCCGCUCAUCAGCCAAGCCCCCAGGUUGGACUCUGAUGGCAUCAACCUCCUGACCAGCCUUCUCCUGUAUGAAUCGAAGAGUCGCAUAUCAGCAGAGGCAGCCCUGAACCACCCCUACUUCCGGUCUCUGGGAGAGCAGGUGCACCAGCUCGAAGACACGGCCUCCAUCUUCUCCCUGAAGGAGAUCCACCUGCAGAAGGACCCAGGCUACCGGGGCCUGGCCUUUCAGCAGCCAGGACGAGGGAAGAGCCGGCGACAGAGCAUCUUCUGAGUUGCACCCACCCUCCUGUGGCCGGAGGGAUGAGAGGUCGCAGCUCAACUGCCAGCAGGCUGGGCUCAUGCAGCCCUCGGAGGACUGAGGAACGAGGGCAAGGUCGGCCCAGGGGACC